UGCACUUCACUUCAAGUUCGCCCAGCUCCGACUCACGGUCAAGGUUACGCCGCGCGCGCUCCCGCUCAGCUCCCGCGUGUAACCAGACGCUCAACCUCCGGAAUUUUCACCCAUUUUCCGGAAUUUUCGCCCAUUUUCCGGAAUAAAAAGAUCCCAUCUCCCACACGGAAGCACUCCGGAGUUUCAAAAAUUUGUCCGCUAUUCGAAUCCAAGUUCUCCGUCCAGAAACUUGAGUCCUCGAAGCUGGAUUCCAGACGAAAAGGAUAAUUUUUCAACAACCAAAAAAAUCACCUACUUACGCUUAGAUAUUGACGUUAGUGUCUUAGUUUGAAGUUCCUCGAGAAUUAUCACCGAAAAAUUUUAAUGUCGAAUAAUUUUUCAAGGACGCACCACGGAGUUUAGGAAAUUCAAUCGGAGAAAUACUCGCGAUUUCGAGUCCCCGGUUUCAGCCCCAAUGGUGGUUCGCUUUCAGCUUUGAUUCGGUGGCUGUUGUACUACGUGAUUUGUGUGUAUAGUGGUGUUUCAGUGGGAAAUUUAAAGCUGUGUUGAGUUUGACUGGUGGCGAUAUUUCGAAGGUCAAAUGAUGGAUUUCGUGGGGAUACUGGCUGUGAUAUGUACGAUUAGUGUGACCCUUGCAAUGGGCUUUACUGGAGGCGAUGACAGGUUCAUGAAAAAAUACGCCAUGAUGAAAGUGUAUGAAAGCUGUUUCGGAGCGGAGGUAGUGAAGGAGGUGCGGAAAGAGAUGAAAUUGGCGACGGCCAAGUGCAACGGCAUGAUGCCAACCACGUCUUCCAUCUACUCCUAUCAACCAUCAAACAAGCAUCAAACGCAAGCGCAAAUUGCCGCUGCACUUCACUCCAGCUCUCCGCUCAGGUUGGGCUCUUCGAAGCCUUCAAAUUCUGAUUUCUACACGCAAGCGACAGCGUACAACGUGGCUCAACAACGACCGGUGUCCGCGUCACCAUCCAACAGUGAAUCCAGCGUGCAACACCUCCUCCAGCAGGCGUCCAACUCCCUCACCGGAAACGGGAAUGAUCCGCUCAAAUCUGGCGGGAUCGACCUCAACAAAUUGCAGCAGGUCAUUCUGUCCGGCAUCAACAAGCAGUCUCAGCAACAGCAACAACAACAACAACAGCAGCAGGUGCAACAACCAUUGUUCAACUCGGCCUUGCUCCAACGGCCCUCGUACCAGACAGCAGCGGCGUCCCAACUGCGGCCGUACGUGCAGCAGCCUUUACAACAGCCGUUGCAACAGCCCCUGCAACAGCCUCUGCAACAAUUUUCUCAAUAUCAGCAGCCGUUGCAGAACCCCAACCUUUUAUAUCAGAACCCUGCACCUCUGACCAACGACCUGUUCCAGGCGCAGCAGCAGCAAUCACUAUUCGGUCCUCAGCAACCUUUGCAGCAGUACAACAACCCGUUCCUUUACCAGAGUCCUUUCUACAACCCAUACUUUUCCGCCAGAGCAUCGCGCGAUUUGGAUGUUAAAGGACAACUCGAGACGCUGACGGCUAAAUUGACCGGAAAAGUAAAGAAUGUUACUUGUGUUAUGCAAGAAUUAGGAUACUUAGAUUCAAAUUUGGAGCCGGAUUAUGUGAAAAUGGUAGAGAGGAUAAACCGACUGCCAAUAUCGGAAGAGCUGAAAAGGGACAUGGCUGAAGGCGUCGAAUACUGCCGACAGUUUUCGCAAUGCGUUCCAGACUCGAGGAAAGACAAGCUAGCGAAAGAAAUGCUCCGACCUAUGUUCUUCUUCCGAUGUUAUAAGCAUAAAAAACUUGAGGCGUGUAUCAUGAAAGAUAUAAGAGAAAGGUAUUCCAAUGGAAACGAAGAUUUCCUGGACGAGAACGUGCUGGGAGGAGGUGGCGACAUGCGCUCUAUGAAAAGCAGAAACCAGACUUUGGACGACGAACACAUGGAAGUAGCCAUUUAUGAGUUCCUUUACGGGGGUGACACUGCCCAGCUCGACUCACUUCUUUAGUCACGGGUCUAGCCGACCUCAUCAAAGUUUCCUUGAUAGGGAGGGUUUACUGUUAUUCUGAGAAAAAAAAAAUGAGUACGUGCAAAAGAAGACUUCGAAGAAAGAAAAAACUAGAAAAUCGCGCAUGCACUCCACACAGCACGGCUUACAGGCAGGUCUCAACCUUAACCUGUUUAAAAUUCAGCUUUGAUACCCCAUAGACAUAAUCACGGUGAAACCUGUGGGCUGAUUGUUGAAAUUGAUAGAAAAAGCGGUGGACAAAGAAGACAUAGGGAGUAUGGAGCUAUCCCAAUGGUUGAAACUGGUGGUUCUUACAGACUAAAAGGGAAAAUGAUGGACUAACUAGAGGGUAUCUUGUCGGUUGCUGUUCGUUAGUGUAUUACCAACCUUCUUUAUCCAUUGCAACCACCUGCUUCCAUCAAUUAGUAGGAUCCCUCCAAAUCCCUUUUGUCUUUUUUGUCUACGAAUUUCAAUAAUCGGCCCACUGAUCAUAAGUAGGGGCCUUCUCACGGAGUAAAACCGCUGGAAGCGGAACUGUGAAUUUAAAAUGACUGCAAGUAAAUGGACCUGCUCUCAACUAAAUACUGACACUCAACAGAAACAUUUCUCCAUCCCGUGAUAAUGAUGAAUAAUGAUCAUCAUCAUGAGUUUGAGUCAUGUUCUCAUGUUGUACCUUAAUUAUCAGAAACUUCCAGCAUCAACACAGAAGCGACUUGACUGUUCGUCGCUUACUCCCUAUCAAGGAAAUAUUUUCCUAUUUGUCCCUGCCAUAAUCUUAAUUCUUUUAAGGGAGGGAUCUAGCACUCCUCCUCAUUAUUUGAAAUUGUUUUGAUCAAAUAGAACUGAUUUUCAUAAAAUUAAAUGCAGACUAGAUAUUGUGUUCUUGGCACACAUUUCCUUCUCUUGUCGCAAAGACUGAAACAUGUUUGCAAACAUUUUUCAGAGGGUUUCACAAAUUUGUGCAUUUAUUUGGUUUUUUAAUACUAGGAACAAUUGGUUCUCCUGGGGAUAUAUCUCUGUGAAGAACCUCCAAUUUUACACAAAUGCAAUUUUUGGUUCCAAGAUUCUUAAUGCGGUUAACAGAAAAGACGGCAACCAAAAGUUUUAUAUACUGUGAAAAUAGGUUCACUCUACUUUCAUGAAUAAAUUGAACUCCAAGUGAUUCUGAAAAAUUUAGUUUGCUCUGUAUCAAGAAUACAGUCUAGUCCAAAAAUUGAAUUUUUCACAAGUUAAUGUUUGUUUUUAGUGAUAAAGAAAAGAAAUAAAAUAGAUCGCUUUGACAAUGGAAGUGUUUCCAAAAAGUCAAGAAGUAGGAUAUUCUUUCCCGGCCUAAAAUAAUUGUUGGGUAGCUUAAACUUAGAAAAUUUGUGUGAGGUCUCUUUGAAUUAAAAUCCUUUUCACAGUCUACAAUCAAGAUCCCUUCAAUUGUGAUUUUAUCAUUUAUUCUUUAUUUGGUCAUUUGGCUAAAAUACAAUCAUCCUAUUACAGGAUACUGAUUUUAUGUAAAUACUGCACAGCAAGCCAACCAUUUGUGUUGAUUGGAUUCCAGACAAAAUCUACGUCAGAUGGGUAAUCCUAAAUGCUCCUAAUCCUUAAAUACCAAAUUGGUAAUUAAUAUCAACGUAGGUUUCUGAGCAUGAAGUAUUGACUGGAUCUGCAAAUGUGUUCAAUAUCUCUUGUAAAAAUAAAAGAUAGUCAAUAAAAAUCCAUUUUGUGGGCUUCUUAUUUCAUAA